CUGGUGAGCCUCUUAAAAUUCCAGCCUCUGGAAUCCUGAGAUUCUGUGAGAAUCUGUCUGAAGGGAAUUUGUAGCCUCGUCGUUGCAGAGAAAAGCUUGGGACAGGGCACCUGAUGGCUUUAUCCACAGAAGAUAAAGAAAGGAACCCAAGAUCUAUGUAGGGCUUGCCUCACGAUUUCUGAAUGCUUGGUUGGCCAGGCUGCUUAGCGAGCAGUCCCCUGGCCAGCGGGCUCUGGGCUGUCAUCCCUCCUCUCCCAUGAGCCCUGCCCCUUUAUUGCUGGUGGGGCCCCUGCUGAGCUCCAUAAGGCGCUGGGGGUGAGCGCAGCCUCCCAGAACUUCACUCCAGGUGCUACUUCCGAAGCAUGCCCAGCCCGUCGGCCCCGGCUGUCCCACUGGGCGGCACGGAGGCUGCUGGGACUGGGCUGGUGGCUGAAUGCUGCCAAGCAGUGAGUGCACAAAUGAUAUUCAAAUGGAGACGAAGGUGCAGCAGCCAGUGCCUGCUCGUGGGCUCAGCCUGCCAGCUGCUGGGGAGGCUGGGUAAACUCUGUGGCUGGCUCCUUGCACCCCACCCCUGACCCUGUGCUGUAUUUGUAAGAACAGUGACCUUGGGGGGGGAGCCCAGCCGUCAGCACAGGCUGUGAAAUGCUCACUGAGAAGUGGGAGAGGCCAGGCGGGCCGUGCGUGGGCUGUGAAGCACUGCGAAGUACAGCAUGGCCCUGCUGGAAGAGAGACAUUUUCACAUGGCCUGAUGGCAGUAAACAUGCUUCCAGGGUAGGCAUCGCCCAUCCCCUCCAAGGGUGCUGUGUGUUCUGUGUCUUUCAUUAAAUGCCUCUCCUUGUCUCCUGCUGUCUCCCGCCCGCCCGGCAGGCUUGGGGCCCUGGUGUUUCAGUUCCUUGGGCAGGUCGGUCUCUCCUGGCAUUGCCAGGUGCCCAGGGCACUUCUGGGUCCCGUAAUACCAAAGCAGCAGUGAGUGCUGGUGUGAGGCGAGAGGGUCACAGCUCGUGUCGUGGCCAACUGAGUACGUGUGGUCUCUGCAGGCCUGAGGUCAGCCUCCUUCCCUUUCUUCUGUGCCCUGCUGAAGAGCAGCCAGGCACGGAGACCCCCAGGUGCAAACACCUGCCUGAUGCCCUGCAGUGGGAAGCUGCCCCGCUGGUUUUAUGGCCUGUCUUCAGCUGAGUGAGACACUUGUGCGCUGCCGGCCCCACGCGGCCUGGUGCUGGCGCUCCCAGCGAGCAUGGCUGGAUCUGCGCACGGCCGCGCGCUCGCAGCCGCGGCGGGGAGGAAGCUGCCAGGAGCCCAGCGCUUGCUGUUUGGUCUGCGAGAGGCAGCUGACGUUUUGGAAGGAAACAGUUGCUCUUCACUCCUUCCUGUAGCAGGCAGCCUGAGGAGCGGCCGUGCUGGGCUGCCACGCUAGGCUGUCCCUGCGGGCGCGACCCCUUCGCCAAGAGGCAGGAUCCCCCUCGGUGCCCAGGGUCAGGGUGCCCAGGUGGCUGGCAAGGCGCUGCCAGGGCGGUGCAUGGGACAGGGCAGAGCGCGGAGAACACCUGUUCCUGCCGUGAGUAUCCCCGGCACUCGGGGAAGGGACCAUCAGCUUCUGACCCGGGGCCGAGAGAGAGAUUUGUCGCCAGGGCCACCGCUCUGUGCUGGAAGGAGAGAGUUUGCUGCCAUCCCCCAGGCUCUCCAGCAAAAGCUUCCUGGCGCAUUGGUACUUACACCCCUGAACCAUCUCAGAGUUAAGCUGAAUAGACUGAGCUCCCUGAGUCUGUCACUGUAAGGCAGGUUUCUGAACCUUUCAUCAUUCUCGGGGCUCUUCUCUGACCUUUCUCCAAUUUACCAACAUCCUGCUGGAACUGUUGGUGCCAGAACUGAGCACAGGAUUCCAGCCGGGCCAAACACGGAGAGUGUUUGUGUACAGCGGAUAGCGGGCGUGUGCCGAGCGUGCUCCUGAACCCGGGCCCCCAGGUCUGCGUGCUGCAAGGACCCUGCGGGAGGUUCUGAACAAUGGCUGUGUGGAUCCAGGCCCAGCAGCUGCAGGGAGAGGCCCUGCGCCAGAUGCAGGCGCUGUACGGCCAGCACUUCCCCAUCGAGGUGCGGCAUUACCUCUCGCAGUGGAUCGAGAGCCAAGCAUGGGACUCCAUCGACCUCGAUAACCCCCAGGAGAACCUCAAAGCCACCCAGCUGCUGGAGGGGCUGAUCCAGGAGCUGCAGAAGAAGGCAGAUCACCAAGUGGGCGAGGACGGGUUCUUGCUGAAGAUCAAGCUGGGGCACUAUGCCACUCAGCUGCAGAACACGUACGACCGGUGCCCCAUGGAGCUGGUGCGCUGCAUCCGCCACAUCCUGUACCAUGAGCAGCGGCUGGUUCGGGAGGCCACGAACAGCCCCUCCCCGGCUAGCAGCCUGGCGGACGCCAUGUCCCAGAAGCACCUGCAGAUCAACCAGACCUUCGAGGAGCUGCGCCUCGUCACCCAGGACACGGAGAACGAGCUGAAGAAGCUGCAGCAGACGCAGGAGUAUUUCAUCAUCCAGUACCAGGAGAACAUGCGCCUCCAAGCCCAGUUCUCCCAGCUCUCCCAGCUGGGCCCCCAGGAGCGCAUGUCCCGCGAGACGACGCUGCAGCAGAAGAAGGCGUCGCUGGAGGCCUGGCUGCACCGGGAGGCCCAGACACUACAGCAGUACCGAGUGGAGCUGGCAGAGAAGCACCAGAAAACCCUGCAGCUGCUGCGCAAGCAACAGACGACCAUCCUGGACGACGAGCUGAUCCAGUGGAAGCGGCGGCAGCAGCUGGCGGGGAACGGCGGCCCUCCCGAGGGCACCCUGGACGUGCUGCAGUCCUGGUGUGAGAAGCUGGCCGAGAUCAUCUGGCAGAACCGGCAGCAGAUCCGUCGGGCCGAGCACCUGUGCCAGCAGCUGCCCAUCCCGGGGCCCGUAGAGGAGAUGCUGGCUGAGCUCAACGGCACCAUCACAGACAUCAUCUCCGCCCUGGUGACCAGCACCUUCAUCAUCGAGAAGCAGCCCCCCCAGGUGCUGAAGACGCAGACCAAGUUCGCGGCCACGGUGCGGCUGCUGGUGGGGGGGAAGCUGAACGUGCACAUGAACCCGCCCCAGGUGAAGGCCACCAUCAUCAGCGAGCAGCAAGCCAAGGCCCUGCUGAAGAACGAAAGCACCCGCAACGAGAGCAGUGGGGAGAUCCUGAACAACUGCUGCGUGAUGGAGUACCACCAGGCCACGGGCACCCUGAGCGCCCACUUCAGGAACAUGUCCCUGAAGCGCAUCAAGCGCUCGGAUCGGCGCGGCGCCGAGUCGGUGACCGAGGAGAAGUUCACCAUCCUCUUCGAGUCGCAGUUCAGCGUCGGCGGCAACGAGCUGGUCUUCCAGGUCAAGACGCUGUCCCUGCCCGUGGUGGUGAUCGUGCACGGGAGCCAGGACAACAACGCCACGGCCACCGUGCUCUGGGAUAACGCCUUCGCCGAGCCGGGCCGGGUGCCGUUCGCCGUGCCCGACAAGGUGCUGUGGCCCCAGCUGUGCGAGGCGCUCAACAUGAAGUUCAAGGCCGAGGUGCAGAGCAGCCGGGGGCUGACGAAGGAGAACUUGCUCUUCCUGGCCCAGAAGCUCUUCAACAGCAGCAGUGGCCAGCUGGAGGAGUACAGCGCCAUGUCCGUCUCCUGGUCCCAGUUCAACAGGGAAAACUUGCCAGGGCGGAAUUACACCUUCUGGCAGUGGUUCGACGGGGUCAUGGAGGUGCUGAAGAAGCAUCUUAAGCCUCACUGGAACGACGGGGCCAUCCUGGGCUUCGUCAACAAGCAGCAAGCGCACGACCUGCUGAUCAACAAGCCGGACGGGACCUUCCUGCUGCGGUUCAGUGACUCCGAGAUCGGGGGCAUCACCAUCGCCUGGAAGUUCGACUCACCUGAGAGGAUGUUUUGGAACCUCAUGCCCUUCACGACCAGAGACUUCUCCAUCCGCUCGCUAGCCGACCGCUUGGGUGACCUCAAUUACCUCAUCUACGUGUUCCCUGACCGGCCCAAGGACGAGGUCUUCUCCAAGUACUACACGCCGGUUCUCUCUAAAGCCGUGGAUGGAUACGUGAAGCCACAGAUCAAACAAGUGGUGCCAGAGUUUGCCAGCGCCUCCGGGGAUCCCGCCGCCGGAACGGUCACCUACAUGGAUCAGGCACCGUCACCGGCCGUGUGCUCCCAGCCGCAUUACAACGUCUACCCGCAGAACCCUGACUCCGUCCUGGAUCCCGAGGGCGAGUUCGACCUGGACGAUACAAUGGACGUCGCGCGACACGUGGAAGAGCUUCUCCGGCGGCCCAUGGACACUCAGUGGAUCCCCCACAGCCAGUCGUGACCCUGUGCCGUGGUACGGCCCCAGCCCGGCAGCCGUGUCCCUGGGAGACGAUCCGGGGCGCGUGCCCCGUGGAGAGCAGCCCUGUGUUCGUGUCUCUGUGCGUGGGCCCAUGUGUGGGGGGUGCUCGUCCGGGGGCUUUGCUCUGUGCCAGCUGCAGUGUCCAUGGCUGCGCUUGGCUCUUUGGUGUUUAUCCCCGUGUACUAAAGGCAGUGGGCUUGUCAUAUGGUUUCCCUGUCUGUUCCUUUGAGGCCUGCCUUCAGCUUCUCGCUUCUGCAGCGCUGCUCCUCCCCGUGCAGCAGAUCCCUGGAGCCCCAUGUGUUUCAGUGCCCGCUGGACUCGGAUCCCUGCCCUUGUGCCCAGGGGCCUCUCAGCGUGGGGGGCGGGCCUGGGAGUUUGUUUGCAGUAAUUGUCACAUCUAGGAGUUCCGUGUUCAAAUUCCUUCCUUUUGUUACCAGCUCCCCCGUCCUGGGGGGCGUGUGCGUGCGCGUUGGGUCCUGUUUGUGUGCACAGAGACCUGGGGGCAAAGACUCUUUCUUCUCAGCCUAGGCAGCAGCAUCUGCGCCUUGGGAGUGGCUUGCUGGGAAGGCGCCCCUCCAGGGCCCUUUUCUUCUCCCGGUUCCUGCCUGGCCCGUGUCCACUCAGCCAGUGGGACGCUGCCCUUCCCCUACGCCUACUGGUGCGGGGUGUUUAAUAAACCCUGAGAGGAAGGAGGGGGUUCCAGAUGGACACGACUGCUCUGUGUGCAGGAGGAACGGGACUCCCGCCUGGGGUCUGGGUGAGGCGCGGCUCAGGCUGGGGUGAGAGGCUGCCGGUCCCACCCCGGGUGCCCUCCCUCCCCUUCGACAUUAUUUUUCUACGGCUGAGUAAAUAAAGCACAGAAUAUUUUUUUAACACAAAGCUCUGGAUUCCGCGUGUCUCUGUGGGAGCAUCAGCUCUGGGCUCAGCAGCCAGCUGACGUCCUGGGGAGGGGUCAGACAGAGCCCCUGGGGCUGGGGCUGUCGGUGGGCCGGGCAGCAGGUGUUUGAGCCCAGGGCUGAGCUGCGCCCUGUGCGGACGUGCAGGGGAGGAGCUGCUGUGGGGGAAACGCUGCAUUUGCCAGCUGGGUUCAGUGGUCAGACUCCGUGGAGGAGGACAGGGGAGUUGUGACAUUCCUCCCCCUGCUUUCUAGAGGACUUGGAGUAGCCCCCAGAUGAUCGACUGGCCCCACGUGGCCCGAGGCAGCAGGCGCUGAACCUGGCUAUGGGCGUGCAGGGGCCCCAGCCAGGCCCUCUCGGCCCUCUGCUGCUUUCCUGUGUUCUGAGUGCCCUGAGCUGCGUGAGGGGAGCCGUGCUGCUGGGUCAGCCCUGAGCCACGUCUUGCCCAGCGCCCCGUGAGCCCAGACCCAGAGGCACCGUGCUCGUCGCCUGGCAGGCUUUGCAAAGGACGCUCCCCAGUGCGUCCUGGGCCGUGGCCGCGUGAGCCUCUGGCGAAGCGGCGCGAGGGCCAGGUGGCUCCCAGCACAGACACCAUUUGCACCAGUGCUGUCUGUCCUGGUUUGAACCUAGGACCAGCUGCCCUGGUGCAAAGUGUGUCUGCCCCUGGGCAUUGCACUAGUCACUGAAAUCCCCGAGGCCUGGACGCAGGCAGGGCACGUGGGGAGGAGGCCGGGGAGCGUUGUCCGAAUGGUCUGUCCCUUACCUGUUCAGUGCUGCAGGCAGCGGGGGCAGCUGGCGUGUGAGUGUGUGCUUAGCUCGGCAUUGCUGCAAAUCCUGCACGUGGCCUUUCAUGUGCGUAACUCCACAACCCCCUGCUUUGCCAGGCUGCACGCCCGCAGGGCAAGGGCUGGGGCUGCCCCGGGCUCCUGGAGCGCUGGGCUGGCUCCUGCAGAUAGAGCUAAUAUCAUCCUGAAAACAAACACUUCCAGUCUUUUCUUUUUAAAGAAAAAUUCUCUUGCCCAAGCCCCGGCCAGGUGGGGGUGCGUUCUCGCCUUUUGGAAUCACAAGCAAAUUUCAAAGAGAAGCAGGAAACGCUCUGAUGCGAGGUGGGACACCCGCAGGUUAAAGAUCACGACUCUUGUAGAAAGGAAAAAAAAAUAUGAUUUUAAACCCAGCCCCGGUGAAACUUUUUGAUAAUUUUCUUUAAAAACAAAACAAACCCAACCCCCCCCCCCCCCCCCAGAAAACCUUGUAUGUGGAAACUGAAUUAUUUCAGCUGCCUCCUCUUCGUGUUGCAGGCUGCUCCUGCCUCGCGCAGGGCACUAAUAAAGUAUUGUCGACUCUG